AUGCCUCCACUGGUACAGGAAGCUGUGGCUGUCGUGAAUGGAGAGGUCAGCAGUGAAGACAGCCUAGUCUUAUGGGGUGGCCUGGCUGUACUAUCCAACCUUCUUUUCAUUACCAUCCUCUUCUUCCUCUGCUCUAGCUGUGACAGAGGUAAAAAGGCAAAGCAUCAGAAUGGAGACCAUGAAAACCUCAUGAAUGCACCUUCUGACAAAGAGACACACAGCCAUUCUGUAACAAGCCUGGGAACAGAAGCUCCGGCCAGCAGUUACCGAAAUGGGGCCAUCAGCACUGGUGACGUCUCUGAGGACAGUGCAGCGACCUGUGUCCCAACCUAUGAAGAUGUACAGAGCUCUCUCCCUGACCUUUGUGACCCUCAGGACUUCACAGGGAAAUCUCUAAGAUGCCCUCAAACCAGAGAACUGCCACAGAUCCCUCCUGACAACCGGGAAUCUGUCAUAUCAUCAGAAAGCCUAGAAAAUGAUGCCCCUCUGUAUACCGAGGGGCCGUAUGAGGUGCUAAAAGACAGCUCUUCUCAUGACAAUAUUAUAGAAGACUGCCUGUAUGAGACUGUGAAAGAAUUAAAGGACAUUAGUUCAUCAGCCAGUUUGGAAGACAGAAAUCUCACCAUGAGCACAGCACUGGCCGGCCCAGUUAUCACGGAGAGCAAAAUGGAGCCUGCAGUGGAAUACGCCUCGGUGGACCAUAACCGAAAGAGCAGGCAAAGCAUCAAUACACAGAGUGCAGCUAGCACACCAACAUCUCAAGAUGAUGAUAUUCCCCCACCACUGCCUAAGAAACUUCUGGAUGAGAAUGAAAAUGUACAAGGAAAAGAGCCAGAGGAGGAGAAAUUGGACCAAGGAGGGGACCUGGAGGGGGCCAGCAAGGAUGACAAGAGACAAAGUUGCGUAUCCUACAAAUCUCGAGAAGAAGACCCAUGUCUGACAGAAGAUGACAUUUCUGCCAUGUAUUCAAGAAUUUCCAGGACUGGACAAUCCAGAAGACAUCAAGAUGAUAUCUCCCAUUAUUCCUACAUCCAGGAUGUUGAGAUAUCUCCCACUUCCUGCAAUGGGACAUAUGCUGCAGUUAGGGACAUUGACAAGAGCCCUAAUCUCAUUGAAUUGCCGCCUCCAGUGGACAUCCUAAAUGGUGAACUGGACCCAGAGUAUGAAGCCAUCACCUCAAUAUGUCGAGAAGAGGACAGGACUACUACAUUCUGUAAUGCUGGCCAGGGGGUUCCCCCACAAGGGGAAAGUGACUAUGAAAGUAUUGGUGAUCUCCAACAAAAAUGGAGAAUACUCUAAACUUUAG